ACGACCGCCGUCAUAUAGCUGGAAUAUUACUGAGUGCGGCGUUAAACAACAAACCAACCAAUCUUUAUUUUUCUACAUAUACAAACAGCGUUAUGUGGCCUGUCAGUUUGUGUUCAAUGCAAAAACAUUUAUGUUUUUAUACUUGUUAGCAAUAGGUAAUCACCAUGAUUAACUUGGGACAUAAUCCUGACGAGAACAUGUGUUUUAUGGCAUAAACAGUGUGCCGUACAUACCCUAAGCUAUACACUUUGACACUGUCGGGAUAUCAACGGCAGCUCGGUUUCCGAGAGAGGAGCUAAAUGUCACAAAGUGAAACGUGAGCCAUGGCGGCAUUUUACAAGUGUGUAGCUGUUUGCGUGUUGCUGGCGAAAACCGCACCUGCCAUAAACGUAAACGUCGAGUGUAAAUGUGAACAACUUUCUAGACUUUUCUCAAUGAACCUAUUUAUCAACACGACACAGUUGAUGUUCCUUAGUAACGACAUGGUCGAUGUUCAAGUUAACAGUGGAAUUGUUUCCAGUCCUUUUGGAAAUAUAACAGAUGAAGUUGGAAUUCUCAAAGCAAGCCUUAACAUCAAAUGCAGCGAUGUCCAACAUAUUCGAUGUAAAUCAUUUGGAAUGGUAUACAACCCAACAUCCUACAGUAAUUUGACAAUCACGCCGCAACUGGAAUUUAAUGUUGCUACAAGCAAUCUUUCAAUCACCCAGACGCCCGUGAAGGAGACAUACGGCGUUGGUGAUGUCGUGCUGUUCACAUGUUCUGCGCUGUUUGGAGUUAACAGAACUAGACUGCAAUGGGUGAUCAGUCACUCAGAUAUCACAGGCUUCCAACCCGUUCCUGGUGACAGCCCUCAAGCAAGUACUGUGACUCUAUCAGAGUGUUCCUACCAUGCUGUCAGUAAAUAUGUUCACGUGCUCACAGAACAUGGGGACAUAACUCUGAAGUGUAUCGCUGAAAACGAUAGGUCAAGGUCAACUUCUCUCACAAUCAGAACUGGCAGGGAUAAUCACAGUACCCAUCUGUUUCUAUCGAGCAUGUUAGUGUACGUGCAUUUCAUCAUGUUGCCAUGUGUAUUUGCUCUGUUUGGAGACAAAGUAACGUUCCGAAAACCAGAGCGAUUGUGUAUGCGCAGAUUUCGUACGGCUAUGUCAUUCCUUGUGGGCCUCACGUUCUUCAUAUGGUGGAUCAUAAUACUAAGAGACCAUCUUCUCAGAUCAUUAGGUUAUUUCAUGUAUGCUGUGAUCGAAUUUGUCUUCGUACUGGGCUACACCCUCACGAGGUUCAUUGCAAACUUGUCCAGGCGCUUCGAAAAAAAACGUCAGAGAUAUUUGUACAAUAUCAGAGUAGCCACUUCCUAUGGGGCGACAAUGACGCCCUCUAUAUGCUGGAUUAUGAUCAGGUGUUAUGGAGGCACUAGCAUCAUAGGACUUGAGGCCUUUUUCUGGUUGGUGACGAUCGGAUGCUUUACUGGAUUCGUCUGCGUCUCAAAGAGCCGAGAAGGAAAGUAUUGGGAAGUACCGGAAAAAUGUUAUUGACGUGCAUGAAGUUGUUCUUGCGAGUUGCCAUAACACAUGAACACAUCCGACUGAUCAUUUAUGAAAGGAGUGCAUUUAGAUAUUCUCACGGACUUUAAUAAAAGGAGCUACUUGUGAAUGACAUGUGAAGUACCUGAA